AUGCAGAUGUACAGCCGGCAGCUGGGCUCCACCGAGUGGCUCACCAUCCAGGGCGGGCUGCUGGGCUCCGCGCUCUUCGUCUGCUCCCUCACCGCCUUCAACAACCUGGAGAACCUUGUUUUUGGCAAAGGCUUCCAAGCCAAGAUAUUCCCCGAGAUCCUCACCUGCCUCUUGCUGGCUCUGUUUGCCUCCGGCCUCAUUCACCGCGUUUGCGUGACCACCUGCCUCAUCUUCUCCAUGGUCAGCCUCUACUACAUCAACAAGAUCUCCUCCACGCUCUACCAGUCCGCGGCGCCCGUCGCCGCUCCCGCCAAAGCCGUCGGCAAAGGCAGGAAGAGGAAUUGA